UGACCUUUCUACUGCAUCAACAUUGCAAAUUUUUGUUCUUCUCAGUUCAGUAACAUUGUAAUAAGAUCCAAACUGCUAAAUAAAUAUCCAAUUAACAUAGAGGUUCAUCAGGAACAGAAUCUUCCUCCAAAAAAAAAAACAAAACCAGCUCAAAAAAUAUUUCAGACAAAAGAUAAAAAUACCAUAUCGAUCAAACGAGAUUCUACAUGUCUUAUCAAAUACAUCGAUAUAGAAGAAGUAACUUUUAUCUAUCGGUUUAAAAAAAUAGGUCUCCGUAUAUAAGCCGGCAAGCACAAGAGCUCGCCUUUAUUUCACACGGACAAAGCAGACGUGACGCAACUCCUAUAACUUAAAAUGAACAAAAUUCUCAUAAGACUAGUGAUUGUUUCGGCCAUUGGGGUUUUGAGUCAAACCUCACGAAAUGAUAUCCCAGAAGAUGCCACGAUGACCUUCAGUGAGCUAGCUGACAAGUACGGGCACAAAGCUGAAGAACAUGACGUCAUCUCUGGGGGCGGGUAUAUCCUGACGCUGUUCCAUAUCCCUGGAGAUAAACAUCGGCCGAUACUUCUCAUACACGGCGCCAUCGACUCCGCCGACAGCUACAUCAUGAGGGGCAACACGUCACUGGCCAUCGCGUUAGCAAGGGACAAAUACGACGUGUGGGUCAUGAAUUACCGCGGCAACAGAUACGCGCGCCGACACACCAGCAUGGACGCCGACUCUAACCAAGAGUACUGGGACUUUAGUCUCACAGAAAUAGGAUACUAUGACGUACCAGCUAACAUCGACUAUGUUCUGAAGAAAACUGGUGAAGACAAAUUAAGUGUGAUCGGAUAUUCAGAGGGAACCACAUCCAUGUACCUUCUAGGAGCCACGCGGCCCGAGUACAACGAUAAAGUUAAGAUAUUCAUAUCGUUGGCUCCAGUCUGUACCCUAAAAAACACAAAACCUUUGGCAUCAAUAGUAAUACAGCUAGCACCAUUGUUAAACGUCGCACUGGAAAUGAUCAACAGCAACGAAUUAAUGGGACAGAACUCUACGUUACGAGCCUUAUUUACCGAUGUAUGCUCUCGGAAAGCUGGAUACGAAGUGUGUUUGAUUAAUGGACUGUUCCUUCUGACUGGUGCUGAUGCUAAGGAGAUAGAGCCAGAGUUCUUCCCUGUGGUUGUAGGACACUUUCCGGCCGGGACCUCAAGGAAGAAUAUAAACCAUUUAGUGCAGAUAAGCUUAAGCGGGAAGUUUAGGGACUAUGACUACGGAAUGAUGAAGAAUAUGGAAAAGUAUAGGAGGUUUACUCCCCCGGAGUAUGACUUGAGUAAAGUGACAAUGAAGGUUGCAUUGAUUGCAGCUAAGAAUGACAAGUUAUCUACCAUCAAGGAUGUUGAGUGGCUAAGGGAACAGUUACCGAAUGUGGUCGACUACACGGUCAUGAAGAGUAAUGUAUUCAAUCACGUAGAUUACAUUUGGGGCAGGACUGCGCACAAGACAUUGUUUCCACAUAUAUUCCGACUACUGAACAAGUACAAUAAAUGAAGUUUAGUGUUGUAAGACUACUGAAGUGGUGACAUUGUGAUGCCAAAUACGAAAAGUGGUUUAGUGCGAACAAACUUUCAUAAGUACCUAGUAUUGAUGUGAAUGUGAAUUGUUUGGAUGGAUUUUUGGACAGUUCAAUUCAGGUGGGAUAGUCACUAAUUAAGUUAUUUAUAUAAGUUGCCAAAUAUACGUUAUUCUUACUUUUAAGAGAUAUUUAUUUAAUACUUGCCUAUAGUCACUAAAGAAAAUUUCAUUUUAUUUUCAAUCUUAAUA